AUGGUGAGGGAGAGGGACCGCCCAGAGCUGGCAGAGGACGAGGUGUACUCCAGUGACCUCAUCCGCCUCACCGUCAUGCUCAAGGAGGGCGGGGCGGCCAUAGGCGUGGUGGAGGACGUGUACAGCGGAGGGGGCGCGGGGGAGCUGCUGCGCGUGCGCCUGCACACACGGGAGGAGCCGGUGGAAGGGCCACAGGGGGCGGCGGGGGGAGAGGCAGGGAGGAGGGCAAAGGGGCAGGGCAAGGGGAAGAAAAAGCAGGGCAAGGGGGGCGGUGGCAAAAAGGGGAGCGCGAGUGGCGGGGGGCCGUGCGUGUGGGUGCCGUUUGUGCGUGCCAUUGUGCCCGAGGUUAACCUAAAGCAGCGGCACCUCGUGGUGGACCCUCCCCCUGGCCUGCUGGACCUCAACCAACGUCCUGCUGCCAAGGCAGAGCGGGCGCCGGAAGAAGAGGGCGAGGAGGGCGGGCGCAAGGGCAUGUCCGCCCGGGAGCGCAAGAAGCGGCAGCAGAGGAGGCGGCAGGUGGAGGAGCGGUACGGGCAGGCGGGGCAGCAGCACGUGCUGGACUGGGUGCAAGCGGCCCUGCGCAUGGAGAAGACUGCAGCCGAGGCAGAGACUGGCGAGGAAGGGGCAGGGAGUGCGCAAGUGCAGGGACACAUGCAGGGGCACGUGGAUGUGGAUGCAGCGCUGCAGCAGCUACUGUCAGUGGACCUCAGGCGUGUCUCUCAUGCCGUGCGCUCCGCCCUCACUCCACGCGCUCAUACCCUGCAACCCCUGCCCUCGCCCGUGCCUCUACCCCACUGGCCGCUCCUCCUGCCGCGCUCAGGUGGUGAGGUGGCGCUGCUGGGCGGGGGAGGCAGCAGUGAGGGGGCGGGCGUGGCGGAGGGUAUGGAGAGCGAGGGCAGGCGGGCGGUGGAAGAGGGUGCAGUGGCGGUGGUGGCGCUGUUGGGGGCUGCUACUGCUGCCGACGCGGUGAGGGAGGGGAGCGGCAGUGGCGCAGGGGGGGGAGCAGCGGGCAUGGCACGGCGUGUGGAGGAGUACGUGCGGCGAGACAUGGCGCGGCUGAGGAGGCAGAUGGGCGCCGUGGACGCGUGGAGGGAGCGGGCGGGGUCGGCCGCCCUGCCAUGGCUGCUCGUGGUGGAUGAGACAGCAUCACCCCUCCCUCUGCACCAGUCGCUGCUCGACGCCACUGCACCAUCACAGCCCACGUGGAUCCCUCUCACACAAUGGCCUCUCCUAUCGCUCAACCCGCCCACCACCGCGCCAUCCACCCCACCUCCAUCCUCCUCCUCACCAUCCUCCGACCUCUCCUCCUCCCCGCCCUCCUUCCACCUGCUUCUCCGCCCCCUACCACGGCCGGAAGUGGAGGCGGCUAGCAGCGCGGCGAGUGUGGCACUGCAGGGGGCGUCGGGCGGGGGAGGGGGUGUGUUCCUGGCGCUCAAGGACGCUGCUGUGCUGCGCGGGCUCGCCAAGCAGGGCGUCAAACACCUGCUGGUGUUACUGCAUCCGACAGCGCAGCCUGAUCCUGCCCUCAUUGCCGCAUGCAUCCAGUCCAACGCUGACGUGGCAGUUGCUGCGUCAGCAAGCUCUGGUCCCAGCUCAGCAGGAGUGCAGGUGGAGAGUGAGAGCGGAGCGCAGCAGCAGGUGCUGCGGCUGGCAGCUUUCCCAUGCGAGCAGCAGGAGGAGGAGCAUGCGCAUGGCGCGGACACUGGGGGGAAUGGUGCUGGGAAUGGGGCUGAAGGCAGCGGCAAGGAGAAAGGCAAGGGCAAGGGCAAGGGCAAAGGCAAGGGCAAGGGUGAUGAGAGGCAGUCCAGUGGAGUGAGGCUUCGAGUGCUGGAGGGCUGUGAGGGGGCGGAGGAGGCUGCUGCAACGCCUUCGCACGCGCAUUCCCUUGUGCUUCACCCAGACCAGCUGGUUGUUUCCAUGAAGUUUCUCAAGUCCUUUGAUCCCAUGCAGCUGCCCUUUCAGCUGUGUCCCCCAUCGCCCUUGGAGCAGCACGUGCCAGCGCCACGUGCUGCAGCAGAGGCUGCACCAGGAGGGGAGGCAUGUGAGGGGACAGCAGAGGGGAGGGUGGAUGGUGAAGUGGCGGUGAGGCAGAGGGCAAUGGAUGUGGUGUGUAUGACGGAUGCAAGCAAGGUAGCUGUGUUGCUGCAUGGGCCAUUGCCAUAG